AUGUCAACAUCAGAGAACACAACAACUGCUAUCGUUCAUGAAGUCAUAAAUGAAGAAUAUGAGUGGGUUCAGUUUAACAAACAACUCCGUCUCAUUCGUUCGGUCAAAGACGAUAUGUACCAAAUGCAAAGUAUUUUGACAGCAUGUUUUGCUCCAGAUACCAAACAUACAGACGAUUGGUCCAAAAACCAAAGCACACAAGAACUUUUGAGCGAAGCACAGCGAGACCGACUUUUUUCGGGGUCGCCUAAAACUCAUGAAAACAGUGAAGAACAGCGAGUAGGGAAAAAACCGCAGUCGCCUAAAACUCAUGAAAACAGUGAAGAACAGCGAGUAGGGAAAAAACCCUGGUCGCCAAAACUCUAUGAAAAUCGUAAAAAUUUGCCAAACGGUUUGAGAGGUUGGUAUGUACAUAGACUUCUUGUAAAUGCAGUUGCAAUGUGGGCUUCGCCUCGUUAUGCUUGGAAUAUUUACAGACUUCUUGACGAAAUUCACAGACAAGAACGUGAAGAGAUGGAAAACAAGCUUGAAGCAAAAGACAAAAGCAUUCAGAAAAGAAUACCACGUUCGGUACCAAAAGGAAAGGAAAAGAACUAUAAGUAUAUGAUUUAUACUGAAGAGAUGGAAAAUGAAGAAGAUAAAGAUAUGGUUAUGUUGCAUUUAGUCAGAAGAAACAACAAAAGCUUUUACGACCUUGCUAAGAUUUACAAAUCUGACAGAAAUUGGUUCUAUCGUGAAAACUUACCGAUUUCAAUGACACCGAAUGAAGAUGUGAAACAAAUAGUUCAAGAUACGUUACCUCAAACACACUAUGACAUCAAAGGUUGCACAAUACUUACAUUCAAAGAAGACUUACCAUUGUUAAAGGAAAAAAUAACAGAGUAUUUCGAUAACUUCAAAGAGGAAGAAUGA